ACGGGGGAGGGGGAGAAAGAGAGGAGGGAGGUCACGUGCGGCCGCAGAGCGAGCGUGCGCGUGCGUGUGCGCGAGCCGGUGCAGCUCUGGUAGCGGCGGCGGCGGCGGCAGCAGCAGCAGCCUGAGCGGGGGGGGGGAGGGAAGGAAAGAAGGAAGGAGAGAGAGAGAGAGAGAGAGAGAGAAGCGGGCGGGAUUAUUAUGGGCUGUGAGUGCUGCUGCUGAGCAAGAUGGAGCUGUCUGCAGUGGGGGAGCGAGUGUUCGCGGCCGAAUCCAUCAUCAAGCGGCGGAUCCGAAAGGGGCGCAUCGAGUACCUGGUGAAAUGGAAAGGCUGGGCCAUCAAGUACAGCACUUGGGAACCUGAAGAGAACAUCCUGGACUCCCGACUUAUUGCAGCCUUUGAGCAGAAGGAACGAGAGCGUGAGCUGUAUGGGCCCAAGAAGAGAGGACCCAAGCCUAAAACUUUCCUCCUGAAGGCUCGGGCCCAGGCGGAGGCCCUUCACAUUGGGGACGUACACUUCUCUGUCAAGCCUGGCUCUAGCACCUCGUCGCCCAAGCUGCACUCCAGCGCCGCAGUGCACCGGCUCAAGAAAGACAUUCGACGAUGUCAUCGCAUGUCCCGGCGCCCCCUGCCCCGCCCAGACCCCCAGAACGGCGGGGGGGUAGGGGGAGGGGCUGGCAUACGUCCGCCAGUCUCGCCCUUCUCCGAGACCGUCCGCAUCAUCAACCGCAAGGUGAAGCCUCGUGAGCCCAAACGCAGCCGCAUCAUCCUCAACCUCAAGGUCAUUGACAAGGGCGGGAAGGCCACGAGUGCAGGAGGGGGCCUGGCCCGUCCAAAGAUCCCCUCACGAAACCGUGUCAUUGGCAAGAGUAAGAAAUUCAGCGAGAGCAUCCUCCGCACCCAGAUUCGCCACAUGAAGUUCGGCACCUUCUCGCUGUACAACAAGCCGUCCGCUGCACCAGCCGCAUCUCUAGAGGGCAAGAUGGAGGCAGGAGGCUCACAAGGUGCCUCCUGCGGGCUGAUCAUGGGCUCCACCCCUUAUGAUGCCCACAGCUCCAGCUCCUCGGGCUGCCCCUCUCCUACCCCUCACUCCUCCUCCGACCCAGACGAUUCUCCCCCAAAGCUGCUUCCUGAAACCCUGAGCCCUGCCAUUCCUGACUGGCGUGAGUCGGAGGUCCUGGACCUGUCGAUCCCACCAGAAUCAGCAGCCACCAGCAAGCGCUCUCCCCCCGGGGGAUGUGCUGGGGGCCAGACACCCUCAUCGUCCCUCUCCUCUUCUGACCCGGAGCAGGAGGCUGGCGACUGGCGCCCUGAGAUGUCCCCCUGCUCCAACGUGGUGGUCACAGAUGUCACCAGCAAUCUCCUGACCGUCACCAUCAAGGAGUUCUGCAACGCAGAGGAUUUCGAGAAGAUGGCAGCGGGUGGAGGAGGCAGCAAGUGAGAAGUUGGCUCCCAGCUUCGGCAGGGUAGGGGAGGCUCUGCUGGAAGAAGUCAUGGUGUGAAUGGCUGUUGUUAGUUUUCUCCUGCUCUCCCCGCCAUCCCCUUCCCCGGUUCUUUUUCUUUCUGCUCAGAGACUGGGAUGGGAGUUGGAGGGCAGAGGUGUCUGAAGUUCCCAGAUGUCACAGCUGUGAGGGGUUGGGCUGGGGAAUGAUUAUUUGUCUUCAAAGAAUAUGUUGUCUAACUGGUGUGGAGCCUGGGUGACAACGGGGUGUGUGUGUGUGUGCGCGUGUGUAUGUGUUGGGGCUGGGUGGGGAAGGAUUCCCCCCCAUCUUUUCUGAAGGUAUGGUGGAGCUCCUAUUACUGGAGAGAUGGAUAAGGCCUUUGAAAGGGGCUGUGCUCCUCUCCACCUUCCCCCUCUGCCAUGCACACACUCUUCCAUUUCUCCAGUUCUUCACCCUGCCUUCUCCCAGGGCAGCUCUGACCCUCUCCCUUCUCUGUGGCAUAGGUUAGCUGUCUCUUAUGAUCCAGCUUCAGUAGUUCUGGCUGUAUCUCUGGAGAGGGACACUAUUGGGGGGGGGAGGGAGAGGAGGGGAGGAGAUCAGAAGAUAAAGCAUCAGGGCUAGAACGAAAUUGCAGCAGAGCUCGAGUGGGGGGUGGCACCCCUACAACACAUGCCCCAGGCUCACUUCCUUCUUGCUUUUACUAUUGGUGCUAACUUGGCAGUUGUAUGGGCACUUUGAGACCACCUGGGUCCUUCCUCCUCCCUUCUGCUCCUUCCCUUCCAGAUCUUCCAGUCUGCUGAGCUUUGUUGGGCCUGUCACUUCCAGCCUGGAUCUUCCUCCUUGUGUUCAUCACUUGCACUUGCUCGGGUCUGAGGCAUGCCAUACCCUUCCUAAGCCUUUUCCUAGUGGAAGUGGGAAAGCCACACAUCCGUCCUUCAAUUCAGGAGGAGCAAUAGCUUGGCAUGACAUUACCCCAGCAGGAUGAGGUCAACAGGUCUUACUUCCCAGGAAAAAUAUAAGCCUCCUUGGCUCCACUGAAUCACUUCACAAGCCUUGUGGGUGUGAAGGAAGAUCUGCUACUCUUCCUGCUCAGUUUCACCUGUUUCUGGUGGGUGCGUUGGAGAGGUUCACUGCAACCAUUUCCAGGAUCUGAAAUUGCCUCUACAAUUGUCAACCAAAGGUGCUAAGAACCUGUUGUAAGAAUUACGGUGUCUUGCAUUUUGUGUGUGUGUGUGUGUGUGUGCCUGCCUGCCUCUCCUUCCUCUGCCCCCCCCCCCACUCCCCAACUCCUUGUUUUUACAUGUUCAGUGUGAAAUUGGAUCUGGAAUUGCCCCCACCCUCUGUAAUUGGAAGCAGGCGAUGAUGUGGCUUCCUCCAGUUCCCUGAGACAUAUUCUUAAUGUCUAAGUGUGCAAAAGCGCUCUUCUUUGCCAUUCAUGGCUUGUUUGAUUCUGUGUCAGUGCUGAGCUUUGUGGCUAGAUAACCCUCCCUCACUUCCCCACAUCCGAGUGUUUCACAGAUUCAGCAACAGGCGUGGGGAAGAGGGGCUGAUAAAAUCCAUCUAAAUUAGUGUUGCAAUAAGUGUCUGCCUUGAUUCCCUGACCAUGGGGAAAAAGGGGGUGGGAGGGGUUGCCUGUUGUGGGAUCCAUAAUUCUUUAUAUGCCUACAGGGGUGCAUGUACUGGGGGAAGGAGAGAGGAACUCAGCUCUAAGGAGACUCUCUCUCUCACACUCACACAGCCACCAAAAUAACUAAAUUGGGUGGAAUUCACCCCUUUUGUAGUUUUGCAUGCAGACACCCUGGAUUUGAAGGGUAUGUCUACACUACAAGCACUACUGCUGCCGCUACGCCACUGUAGCGUAGACACUUGCUACGGUGACAGAAGGUGUUCUUCUGUCAGUGUAAUAAAACCACCACUUCAAGAGGCGGUGCUUGGUUGACAAAAGAGUUCUUCCACUGACCUGGCUGCACCUACAGUGUGGGUUAGGUUGACCUAACUACAUUGCACAGGGCACAACAUUUUUCACAGCCAUAAUCAACGCGGCUAGUGCGAACUAAUUUUUAGGUGUAGACCAGCCUUAAAACUCACCUACUGCAAAAUAAAUGUCUACACAGAAACUUGCAUCAAAAUUUUAAAAACGUGUGAAUUCAAAUGAGUUUAGCUCCAGUUUGUGUGUAGCCAAUCUGAAAGAUGAUCCUACAUGUGGUUAGUUGUAUUCCCACACAACCACAACACCCACCUCUACAAAACUGCCCAUCUUUGGUGGAUUUUUUUAAACAAAACUUUUAAAAUCCAGCAGAAUAUUUCAAAACCAAUUACAGGGUGGGGGAGACUUCCCCAUUCAUUCAUCAGUCCAAGGCUUCCUGUAAUUUGUUGGAUAUGUAUGUGUGUAUGUGAAUUAAUACCUGCCUGUUGUCUUUGCUUUGUUUUGCAUCUUUCCUUCACCUUGCGCAUGCAGGGUUCUCUUAUUUCAUGGUAACUUCAAAAACAAGCAGGCUGGGAAAAGGUGGGAGAUCUAUAUUGGGAGAAUAACAAAGAGACUUGUGUUUAAAAAGAGACGAUUUUAAAAAGGAAUUAAUUUAUGAGGCUGCAAGAUAAGAGGAACUAUUUUACGGAGUAGAUGCAUGCCAGCCAGUCACUUUUUUUUUUUUUUUUUUUUUUUUUUUUUAGGUUGCUUGGUUUCUCUUGGUGUGUAUGUGAUGGCGUUCUUGUUUCGUGGUAAUAAAGUUCAGAAAUAUUUGAAAAGUUUAAGUGGGAGAAAAAAGGGAACUUUAAUAGGAAACUCUUGACAUGUUUUAGCCAAGAAAUGUUCACUUGGCAGAGGUUUUUUUUUCCCUCCUAAUAUCUGUUGUUUGGUGUUCCUGGAUUUUUUCGUGAAUGGUUUUCGCCUUCCUCUGAAGCAUUGGCCAGAGGAUUGCAUGGGGGCUCGGUGACCCUUCUUCCUGGAAUUAUAAAGACGGGAGAGGGGCAGUGGGCUUUGGAGGAACUUGUAUCGUAGAUCAUCUCUCUGUAGGAAAGAAGUGCAAUCCAGUCAGGAGAAGUAGCUUGACUGCAUGUGUCACCACCCUCCGGGUGGGUCACCUGUGGGGAUUGAACCCUGAACCUCUGGAUAUAAAAGCAUGAGUCUCUAUUGCUUGAGUUUAAAGAACAGGCAGUAGCAGUCUCAUAAAUUUUUGUGUGGUCCAGCCACUAGAGGCUGACAAAACCCCACGCUGGUAUGAAUGUGGGUUACGCUCACCUUCCAUCUUCGAUUUAUUUUUUCCUCCCUCCCUACUGGAAGAUAAAAGGGAGGUCCCAUCCAUGUCUUUCAGAGAGGGCAUAGGGUUGGGGGGAGUAUUCAAAAGCAUUCCCCCAAAACCAGGGAAACAGUCUGUGUCUGUGCCAUGUUUAUUCUCUUGUUGUGUUUUUAGAGGAGAUUUUAUGAUGGAAAGUGGAAAAAGUGAAAUGAAUAGUUUUUCAAAAAAAAGAAAAGAAAAGAAAAAAGAAAAGUUUUUAAAAAAUGAAAUUUCUAUAGGGGGAGAGAGAGUUUAAAAAUGAAUAAUAAAUGCAGUGAUUGCACAAACUGUAGUGGUAUUAGAUGGUCCUUAGAGAAGAGAGUAUUUUGUAGUGUUGAAGUGUGUGUCUGGGAUGGUAUUUGGCUCACUUGAACUGGAGGAGGGUGUCUUUGGGGUAACCAGCAAUUUCUGAUUUGAAGAGGCAAGUUCUGUUUUGGAGAAAACCCCAUAUAAUUUACCCUUCUCUUCCCCACUUCCCCAAGUGUUGGCGUGAGUUCCAUCCAACAGCACUACCAUUCCCCUUCCCUGCCCCCUUUCCAGAAAUUAGAUGGAGGCUCUGUAUUUUUCUCCCCUUCCCAGGUACAGUGGUGCCAAAGUUGUUGCAGAAUGGUAAAUCCUGACCUGAUGGGAUCUGGGCCAGAUUGGUAAAAUGGAAAUGGCAUGUGAGUGGAGCUACUGACAUCUUGGAUUGGCUUGCAUCUUUCUUGCUAGAUAACCACCCCAAGAGCAGAAUAAACGCUCACUCAGAACAAGGCAAAGCUCCCUUCCUUGUCUUCUUAUCAGCUCACUGAUUUCAGUGCUUAGUGGAAAUGGCAUUUUAAAUACAGAAUUUGCCACAGCAGAACCCGACGUAGCCCAGUCUAGUUUGGUGUCCCACCUCUGGCAAUGUCCACUACCAGAUCUUCAGAGGAAGGCAGAAACCCCCACGUGUACCUGAAGUUUUGGACAAGUGGGGAGCACCCUCUUCUUGGGAAGGCUGGGGUGCAUCGAGUGCAUGUUGGGGUAAGAGCCAGGGUGGCGUUGGUGGGUUUUUACUAGCGCAGGAUUGUAGCCUUCUGAACUGUGGGGUGUGUGAAUGUCCCAUAGUGAUGGAAGGAGCUUUCCCAGCCAAGGCGGCACUGUCUCUCUUUGUUGCAUAUUGUUCAUCUGCUGUGUUGGGGUGACUGUAGGAAAGAGGAUGGGAACCAGACACUGGCGUCUGAAUGUAAUAAGUUACUAGAUAUGGGACUCUAAGAUUUCUGGCUUGUCAGGGUCUCCUCUGUGCAUUUUGGGUAAAAAAACAAAGCUGGGCUGUUCUUGGGAACUCAUUUUCUCCACUCUUCACCCCUGAGUUCUGCCAGUGCUCCUCUGUCCUGACCUACAGCUUCAGUCCUGAGCUGAGCAUACAUACUAGUCUCCCACCUUUGCUCUGUUCUGGUCUCACUGAAGCUAGCAUAUGGGCAUGGAGCUGACAAGGAUACAAAGCCAGGGAUGGGAGGAUGUAUGUAGCCCAGUGGGGAGUUCUGUCUUCUAAUCUUAGGUGAGCCACUCGCUUGCUGUGUCUUUUCAGGGGAUGGGGGAGUGUCUCCGCAUCUCCUGUACUUCAGUCACCCCUCUCCUGCCACCCCUGCUGGGAUGGAGGUAAGGUACCCUCCCUCCUUUACCAAAUGGGUGCUCUCUGAGCUGAGUCUUCCUGGGUUGUUAAAUCCCCUUCCUCGCCUCUGCUGUUAAAGGAAGUUUCAAGUGCUUUGCAAUAUUCCCGACAGUCAGUCUAACUUCCUUCAUGGACCUGACAGUACUGGGAAUGGAGAGUCAGAACUCCCUGUAGAUAUCCAAGCUAAAGCACAGGUUGGGGUGGGGAGCAGCAGGGCCGGCAGGUAGUCAUUUUCCCCACACUCCCGCCCUCCACACCACAUCAACAGUGGUAUCUGUGGAUGUGGGAUGGUGGGAGGAGAAAGUAGCAUAGCCAACUGGGGAGGCCCUUCUCACCAGCAGGUGUGGGAUUCCAGUUCCGUAGCCAGGGUUUGAGCAGGGAGGUGCAACAAACCAAGAAUGGGUUUCCAACCCUGAUAUUCUAUGCUUGUCUGUCCCCCACCCCCGCACCUCUAACUGAGGCCUUGCACUGUUUGGCCUGAUGUAUCCUUUUCUCCAGUGUUGCUUGCUUUGCUGCUUUUUGGAUUGCCCAAUAUCAUGCAAGAGCUGGGAUCUUAUUUACUUUUUAUAUGAAUAUAGAUAGAUUAUAAAAGAAUCCCCCACGUAAUCCAUCCCAAUCCCUGUAUCAAACGCAUAAUAGUUCAGAGAGUUGCUCUUGGGGCUGGGAGCUAGGCAUUCCUGGGUUCUUUUGAUUUCUUGUGACCUUGUGCAAGUUGCUUCACUGCCCUUUGCCUCCAUUCCCCUGUCUGUACCAUGGGGGCAAUGCCCUGUAGAGGAUGCUGGGAGGCUAAAAUUUAUUAAUGUGCAUAUAGAGCUAUAGAAGGGCUGAGUAUUGCUUCAGAACCCACUCAUUCCUUCCCAGAUAUUUUAUAAAUCCAUUGUAUUGUCACUCUGGCUUUGAAUGAGAGAGCAUUUUGGCCCUCCUCCAAAAGUGCAAUGUGUACAUUUCUGAGGAGAAGAAUCUCUCAUCUCCUCUUCCCUCACUCUUAUUUUUCCAUUUGCUGCUUAACCUCCCCACGUCAGUUAUCCAUCAUCAGAUCUGGGCGUCCCUACUGCUCCUAGUCGCCUCCUCCCCCACAGUGAGGCAGUUGUGUUGACACUGUGUGGUCAUAUAUUCUCAUUAAAACAUGCUAUACGCUUCCAAGGUUGAGAUAGCCCUCACUGGUUUACAAGAAGUGGGGACCAGGAAGUCUCUUCUCUUCCUCUCCCCUCUUCCCCCCCCCAAAAAAAAAAUCUGUCAGGUAACAAAGGAGGAUACCAGUUUUUCCAGGGUUGUACCUCUAGCAGUUCUUCUGUCCUUCCCACCUUCUGCUGCCUAGCACAUGAUGAAACCCUACGGGACCGUCCAGAGUUCUGUCUUUGAUGCAGAACUGCAUCCAAGACCUGCUUUCCACCCUAACAGGGCAUAUCAAUCCCUUAGGGAUGUUCCACUCUUGUCCCUCAAGGGGUUGCUGUCUGGGGUCUUCUGCAGAGACAGCAUGUUCAGUCUGGGGGGUGGAGUGCCCCACUUUUGCACACUCUGGCCAAUCUAAGACUGGUAUGGGGAAGAGGGUAUUGAGAUAUGGCUGCAACUGGGGAAAUAGUGUGGCAGAGGAAAGAGACAGUGUGAUUACCCCAAAGGAGAACAUCAAUAAGAGAAAUCAGAGUAAUGUGAUCUUAAAUAUUGGCAGUGUUGGGUGAUUCAAGAGAGAUUAAUUUGAUGGGGGGUAAUGGCAGGUUAAGUCGUUUAAACAUUAAUCCCUGUAUUAGAUAACACCCCAUGAUGCCCCAAUUCAGCAAAGCAUCGAAGCACAUGCUUAAAUCCAUCCCUGUUCAGCAAAGCACUUAAAGCAUGCACAAAACUUCUAAGCGGGUGGUUAUGGAUCUAAGUACUUUACUGGAUUGGGGCGUCAUACAGGAAACGUGUCUUUUUAAAUCCAAUUAAAUUUUCCCCAUUAUUGUAGUUUUCUUCUUUGCACUUCCGCUAGCAUGGUGAAAUUAACUUGGUCAGUAUCACUUCCUGGUUUCCCGGGAGUAGCCCUGACUCUUCCAGUGUAGCAGGGACAGGUGGGUUUCCUUGUUGUGGGGGAAGGAAACUUCAUUCAAGUUCUGAAAAUAAAUUUACCAUUUUUUUUAAAUCUAAAUUUUGGAGCUAAACUAUUUGCCAUGCCCCCCCUUCCCCUCUUAACAGUAGAGGAUUCUCUUCUAAAUUUUGGGUGGAAAAUUGCAAGGAGGGAGGAAAUCAGGGCUUGCCCAUCUGCCUCUUCCCUCCACCUCCCCAGGUGCCAAGCUGAGGCCCAGAUCCUGCAGACUUAUGCAAGUACUUAACUUUAAGCAGGCGAGUAGUUCCACUGAUGUCUAGAGAUACUUGCUUCAAGCUAAGCAUGUGCAUAAGUCUUUGCAGGAUCAGGGCCUUACUCUUUAUCCCAGAGAGAGAUUUUGAUGUAAUUUCUAUAAUGAUGAUGAUCCUGAUGCAACCCAUAUACCCCCCCAUACCCACCCCACAUUUGGCAUACAGGUUAUGGUUACCCUUUAACCUGGUUGUGUGAUUUCCAGCUCAAGGAGACAUUCACACUAUUUCUUAUUGAGCUAAUGCACUAAAAAUAGAGUGCAACUGUGGCAGUGCAAACUUCAGGACUGGCUAGCUACUCUAGGGUCUCAGAUGGGCAUGUACUCGGGGCAGCUAGCCCGUCCUGUGGCUUGUGAAGCCAUGGUGGCACUCUAUUUUUAGUAUGCAAGCUCUGAGAGCUGGCACAAGUAUGUCUCUUUAAGCUGGGAAUCGCACACCUGGAGUCAACUGGAGACAUACCCAGAGAGGGGAGGUGGUGACUUUUUUUAAUUUAAAAUAAACCUAAAUAUCUUGUAACUUUUUUUAUUUUGAAAAAUGCAUUUAAUUAAAGAAUCAUGCACGAAUGAAUUGUAUAUCUAUAUAUUUUUUGUCUUGUAAUUUUCAUUUUUAAAUAUAGUGUUUGCGUUUGUUUGUUUUAAUCCAGUUCCCAGCUGGCUAAACUCUGUCUAGAGUGGAUGGAUGGGACGUGGGAUGGGGCGAUAGGAUCCCCCUCCCAUUGGCGUUUCCAGUGGAAAAAUGGCUUGCUCUGGGUUUGGGGGCGGUUUGUGCUAAUUACUCUUGUAUUCUUGUACAUUUUGUUCUUUCUGCUGCUCUUGAGUAUUGUAUCAAUGCCAGAAAUGGGGAGUUAAAGAAAAAUAUUAACCCCAAUAAAUUGUUACAUUCCAAA